AUGAGUCAUCGACCGAGUCCCCCGAGAAUAGGAAGACGUGUAGUGGACCCGCCCGCGACGGAGCUGCAGUUUCACGAUCAAUGGAUACGUCUCUACAGCGGGGGCAACCAAGAUCUUCUCUUGCCGCUAAUAAGCCUUCCUCACAAGAGGCCUCGUCUGCCGGGAUCAAACGCCUCGUCAGCGCGAACAACAGGAAGGCCAACGGCAUGCAGGAAGUUCGGGAUAUGUUGUUCAAGUCCCGUAUUGCCCAAAACUCGUGAUCUGCCUUGUAAGGAGGCCGUUGAGAAGCAAGGUUUGGGGCGUCUGCGCCGGUCUGGGGACCGAACUGAGAGGACUGUACCUCUGCCCAGCCACCAUGACUCAUCUGCGGGACCACGAACAAUCAAGCGCGGAGCUGACUCGAUGUUGCAAGCUGCAAGCAAGAAAGCUAAAAAGUCGUUUGCUCGAGCAAAGAGUCCUCCAGUCGCGCGAACUGCUGGUUUGGGGAUUGGUGAUAGCUCUGUUGGGGGUGAGCCUUUGUCUGAUCUGCUGAAAACGGGCUUUCUAUCAAGUCCAUCUGUUUGUGCUAAGCUAGCUGACCAUGUGUAUCGAGCUACUGAUCUUUGUGCCUUCUCGAGCCUUCCCUUGGAUAAACAAGAAGAAGCUGCCCUGUAUCAUCUUCAAAAAGGGAUGGUUUUUGCUGUUGGGGCUAUGCAGAACUCGCAUGAUAUUGCCCCCUCUUCUGCCCUGCUUGACGAGCUGGUGAAGAAGAACGCUGACCUGACUGACAAGCUCUCGAACGAGCGGAUUCGCCAUGACACGAGGAUUUCUGAGAUGAAGGAGAGUAUGUCCGCACUUAAGAGUUCUGUUGGCCAAAAAGAUGACGAACUCAAGUCUCUUACGGCUACCCUGCUCGAACGCAAGGAAGCCUACUUUAGCCUCGAACGCAAGCAUGCUGCUCUGGCCCAAGAUCGUGAUAGACUGCUGGUCAAGUUUAACAACCAUAUGGAAGCCAUGGAGGCGUCCAAACAUGAGAUUGCUGCUAAUGCGUACAAGCUGGGAUACCUGGACUGCCAGAACGGUGCUUCUCCUUGCUGUCCUCUCGAAGAUGACGAUGAUGAGCAGUCCUGUCUUGAUCUGCCCCCUGCUCAAAGUAAGCAGAUCAAUGUUGUGGAUGCAGAAGCAGUUGAAGAGCAGGUAGCAGAUGAAGCCGCAGCGGAGGAAGACAAGCCCCAAGGCGGGACAGCUGAGGAGGGUAAGGAACAAACGGCCGAGGCGGUUGAGUAG